AUGGAAGCCAACCCGUUCGACUCUCCUGCUCAUUCCUCAAACUCACUCGCCGGGAAUAAUGCACAACACAAACGAAGAGCCUCCUCUUCCGACAUCAGCUCCCUCUACUCACUUCGCAAGAAGAUGAACGCCAUGACACCGAAGCGGCCUUGCAAGAAGAUGCACAUCGCGCCGAUGCCACCCGUCCCGAAGCGGGUGUACACGGUGGACUCUGCCGACUUCAAGGCUGUCGUCCAGGAGCUGACUGGCGCACCCGCAAUGGCCGCGGCGCCGGCACCGGCACCAGCACCUCCCAGCAUACUUCCUGGUGCCAACUGCCGUCUCGCCGCAGCAGCGACCCCUCCAAAUGAUGAAGAUGAUCACAUGAGCAGGCCUUUUUCUGCUGUGAAUCCAGGUUUGAUGUCCGAAGCAUGGAUGGAAUAUGCAAGUGAAGAUUCUCACGAAGUAUCAACAGAUCAGAGCUCCGGGACAGCUAAUAGCGAUCCGUUUGGGUUUAGUGCUGUGGCUUCUAGUCAUGGUUGGUGUUCGGUUGAUUACCACGUUCUGAGUCCUGGGACUAUGGCGAGUUUCGACCCAAUAAACUCAGUCCUCUAUAAUUAG